GAGACUUACUGACGAGACUUGAGUUCCGACGAACCAUUCAUUGAGUCUAGACCGAGUGCUCGGACAUAAGACUGAUGGAGUUAAUUCGCCAUGUCCGACUAAUCAGCUCAUCAUGAUCCACUACGCAGUACAUAUCUUCUGACUGCUAUCAAACCUGUUCUGAUCAUCGAUAGAGUCAACCACAGGACAAUGAACUCACCCAAAAAGCGUCGUCGCCCCGCCCUGGCCUGUCUCGAGUGUCGUCGCCGAAAGGUUAAAUGCGAUCGCACGACUCCCUGUGGCCAGUGUACGGCUCAUCGAUCGAGCUGCCGAUAUGUGGGAGAUCGAUCUAGCGAUCAGGGUCUGGAACAGGGUCAGGGUCCUGCCGGAUCAGAGAUGCCUGCGGAUGAGAAUGAUGCGCACUGGGCUGGCUCUGCGGAUUCGGUCUCGAUCACCGGAGGAUCAAGAUCCAGUAUGAGCAGGACGGUGCCCCCUGGCGGGAUCCACGGCGCGUGUUCCAAGACCAGGGUCUUCGGACAUAGCCAUUGGAUCAGCACGAUGCCUUUUAUCCAAAACCUCCCAACCUGCCAGCCCAUCUCGCCGCACAUCAACUCCCGAGAUCCCGGCCCCGAUGCCAGUACCGGCGCCAGCGUCCUAACCAGCCAGAUCUCCGAGCCCUUCACACGCUGCAAGCAGCUCGCCCGAGAGAUCAAACGCCCCCGACCAAGCCGCGACGCUUUACCAUCUGGACUGCACGAAUCCGUACCCGCCCGCCCCGUCCUCGAGGUCUCGAUCCCGCUCUACUUCGCGACAUUCGAACCAUGCUACCGCAUCCUCGACCGGGGAGAAUUCUACCGCGAAUAUGAAUCCUACAUGCAGAAUCCAGAUCCCGCAUCUGCAUCGCCGUCCUCCCUGCUCAAGAUCCUGCUUCUCCUGUGCGCCAUCGCCCCGCUGUAUCCGGACGAGUCUGCGCGCAGAGACCUUCGGGCUAAUGCCCCCCGCUGGAUCCACGUAGCCCAGACCUGGCUGUCUGGUCCGCUGGAGAAGAAUCGGCUUACUAUUGACGCCCUGCAGAUUCAUUGUCUGCUCCUGCUGGCGAGGCAGACGAAUCGCGUUGGCGCAGACCUCGUCUGGAUCUCGGCGGGGUCGUUGAUGCGCAUGGCCAUGCAGAUGGGGCUGCAUCAGGAUCCGGAUUCUUUGGGGAUGGAGAUGGGGAUGGGGACUGGGAUUGGGGCAAAGAUGGAUGUGCGACGACGGCUGUGGUUUACCAUCCUGGAGAUGAAUGUGCAGGCGGCGUUGGAUUCGGGAAUGGCUCCCUUGGUUAGGGAGGAGGAUUACGAUACGAAGAUCCCGGAUGAUGAAGGUAGCUACCAGGUGCUUCUCGCUCGAUCUCUACCUCUUCGUCUGGAAGCCACUCGGCUCAUGAACAGUCUGCGCGGAGAGCCAAGCUACGAGGAGAUUCUUCGUCUAGGGACCCAGCUGGCGCAGGUCUACCGUGACGCAACAGUCACCAUCUCCAGCUCUCACAACCAAGCAGACCGCACGCAACCCUCCUCCUCAUUCCUCAUCCACCUCCUCUCCCGCUUCCUUCUCUGUCUGCACCUCCCCUACGCCGUCCAAUCCCCGCACAAUCCCUUAUACACCUCCUCCCUGCAAACCGCCCUCUCCGCGUCCCAAGACCUGCUCGCCCUCCUCGACGACCCUAUCUACCGCUGUCUCCUGAUCGCGGGCGGAGGCCUCUUCCGCGACCUGAUCACGCGCGCGGGACUGCUCAUCUUCCUGGACCUCGUGAACCGGGUGGAUGGGAGUUCGCCGUUUGUGCAGGCGAGGCAGCGGGCGAGGGUUGAGCCGUUGGUGGAGGAUGCGAGGAGGGUGGUUAGCUUUGCGAGGGAGAGGCUGGUGAACGGGGAUACGAAUGUUAAGGGGUAUGUGGGGGUGAGGAUGGUGAUGGCGCAGGUGGAGGGGUUGCUUGAGAGGGAAUUGCCUGGGGAGGAGAUGGGGAUUGGGGAGAGGGUUGGGAGAGCGGCGAGGGAGGGUUUGGAGGAGAGUUAUAAGAUUCUGAAGGGGAUGGCGGAGGAGGAGGGUUGUUUUGUAGGGUCUGGUGGUGGGAUGGGAUGGGAUUUGGGGGUUGAUUUUGUUCUGGAUAUGGAUCUAGAUCUAGGGUCGGAGUUUGGAUACUGGGGAUUCGGCUUUCCUUGAUCUUGAUCUUGGUUGCCUAAAAAGAAACUAUAAAGGAAAGGAUAUGAAGCAGAUCGAGUUCGGAGAUAUCGACAUCGGAGUAUUCGGGAAUGUCCGAAUAGCCCGAAGGAUUCGGACUUUUGGCAUCAUUCGGCGUCAUCAUGCACUAACGAUUGGUCUGUUUGUAGGGAGAUGUAGAUGAAUGAAUAGUCCGAGUGGUCGGCCGAGCCUCAUGAUGAG